AUCGCUAGGACUUGGGAGUAAGGUUAAAUACGUCUCCUAGGGUUUCCCUGGGACACAUGCUGGAAAGAAGUCGACAAGAAGUCAGCUAAUCAUACCAUCAUGAAUAACAUCAAGUCAACGUCUCGGAGAGGAGUGAAGAAGCCUAGCAGGCGAUUCUUUGGCGGGAGGGGAGUAGGCAGUGCUUCAACCAACAUAACACAAGACAGGAUGGGUGACUUUGUGCAGAAUGAGACAGUCUUCUACUCCAAGGCUGAAAACUACUGGAGAGAAGUGGCGCCCACCGUGGAUGGCAUGCUAGGAGGCUACGGCAAGAUCUCCAACAUUGACAUUGACGGCUCUAAGAAGUUCCUGCAGAAAUUCCUUGGCAAGGGCGAAGGGAAGACUGGUAAUGGCUGCGCCCUGGACUGUGGUGCCGGAAUAGGGCGCAUCACCAAGCGACUGCUGCUGCCCCUCUUCAACACUGUGGACUUGGUGGACGUGACUCAGGAGUUCCUGGACCAGGCUAAGGUCUACCUGGGCGAGGAGAGCAAACGGGUGGAGAACUACUUCUGCCUCGGCCUGCAGGACUUCAUCCCGCAGGACGGACGCUAUGACGUCAUCUGGAUCCAGUGGGUCAUUGGCCACCUGACUGACGACCACCUGGUGGAGUUCCUGCGCCGUUGCCGUGGCGGCCUGCGCCCAGAGGGCCUGAUUGUCAUCAAGGACAACGUGGCCUACGAGGGCGUGAUCCCCGACGACGUCGACAGCAGCGUGUGCCGGGAACUGGCUCUGGUGAAGAGCCUGGUGGCCCGGGCAGGCCUCACUAUCGUCUGUGAAGAGCAACAGAUGAACUUUCCUGACGAGAUCUACCAGGUCCACCAGCUGGCCCUCAGAUAGGGACAGGGGAUGAAGACAGAUGGGAGGUGGGAAAGGAGGGUGGGUGCCAAUAACAAAACGAUGCUCAAGCCACAGGACCUUCAUGACUAGCCUACUGUCUAAGUCGGACAGUCCAGCUUAGUGGGUAGGCAUGUUUGUCUAAGUAUGUUUGUCUAAUGGUGUAUAUAUGACCUACUCUGUGUGAAUACAUCGGGUAGAGGUUUUAUGAAUCAUCAGUAUCAUUUACUAAAGGAUAAUUGUGACAAUUCUUAGGAAGUAUGGAUGGACUAUAUGGGGAUGGAUCAUGUAAGGCUCAGAAAUGCAAACGCCACGCUGAGUAAAUUAUUUUAGCUGUGAUACUGUACAGCACCAUUGCUUGUGGAGGACAUGAGUUACAGCACUUGUAUUCCUAAAGGUCAGGGAUGAGCAAUUCUGGUCAGGGUCAUGUUCCGUAGGGCACACCGUUUUGCAAUGGAAAACGUAUUGGACAAGUUCAGGUACCUUAUUGGACAUGACCCAGGUUCUCCCUUUUGCCUGACGCAUAAUUCAUUCUUGUCACUGAAUGCUCAGAGUAUCCGGUCACAUCUGGUUUCCCAAGUCAAAAUUAGAUACUGAUUUGAAAGACAGAGCAAAAAUCAGGAACAGAGUUGCCCGUCCCUCCAUAUACCCGUUUUUAAUGUAAUUUAUUCACAGUACCAAGAAUAUAUGGAUUGGGCUGUUUGUAAGCGCUCUGUCACAUAGCCCUAACAUAUUGGUGAAUACUGAUGAAAUGUAAGUACUGUAUACAUUUUCCAUGGGCGUUUGAAUGUCAAAUGAAAUAUAACUUUUCAGGAAAUCUCA